ACAUUCGUGGUCUGACGAGCAGGCUGUUGCAGUGCUCCAACGAAGCGCGAGUUGCUCAUCACCGACAGGAAAAAUAGGAAACUUCCCAAGCAAUUUUAUUAUUGAAAAAUUCAGUCGAGUGAAAGCCGGAUCCUGUAACCAUGUGGAACAUUGUUGUCUUGACGCUGUGGGCAAGUGCCAGCUGCCUCGCGUUCCCGCCUCGUAUGAUCUACAACUACAAAUCAGACCAUCUGAACCACGAGCAGACUGGCGUGGCUGGCAAAUCAGUGAGCGGCGGGUACGGUUGGACUGCCCCCAAUGGCCAAAAGUUCAGUGUUAACUACAUUGCUGACAACAAAGGCUAUAGGAUUGUCAGUUCCCAUAAUGUCUUUCCUGGAGGCAAGCCGUUGAAUCCCGUAGAAACCUUCCCUCCUGCUCCCAAAAGCUUUCCUUCCGCUCCAAAAAGUUCCGAUUUCUCCGCACCUGCACCAAGCUUGCAUCUUAAAUCAGAGUCCAAUCCUUUUACCUCCCCAAAUAAGCCUUCAGUUACUUCUUCAUCAUCUUUCUUCAGCCCUCAAACUAAGAAUUCCUUAGCCCGCGCUCACUUCGGACUGGCGGAGCCAAAAAUAAACGAAUCUCCGACCACGACCACGACUACCACAACUCGCCGCCCUGUCACCGUCAUUUUCUUCAACACAACACCCAAGGCAGCGAAGCCAUCGUCGUCUGUGGUGCCUGUGCCCAGCAAAGUCGUAAUCCCUCAGGUGAACCGAAAGACUUUCGGUGGCCAGCCAUCGGCGCCUGAAGUGGCAGCCAACGAGGCCAAAGAACCCGCUGCCGAAGAGACUGAGGGGGCUGACACUACUGGACCAAAGAAUGCUAAAUCAGUUGCUGCAUCUGAAGGUGGCAAUGUAGCGGGUGCUGAUGGGGCUGAGGCGGAGGGAGCUAGUGCAGGAAGUAAAACCAAAGAUGCUGGAAGUACUGAUGCUGCUGGUGAAAAGGCUGGAGGUGCUGAAGCCGAAGCAGGAGCCGCAGAAGAAGGAGCCGAAGGAGGUGGUGAAGGAGAAGAAGGAGCUGAAGCAGGGGCUGAAGACGAGGGAGCUGAAGCUGAAGGAGAAGAAGCAGAAGCGGAAACUGGUGUAGAGGCGGAGGAAGAAGAGGAGAGCGGUUCAGACAGCGCUGGUGAGGAUUGGUGAAUACGAUGCUUUUGCUGUACAUAGUGUACAAUGCCCUUUUUGAAUCAAUAUGAAAUUAAUUCAAUUAAAAAGAAUUGGCCCUAAGCGAUUGAUUCAUAAAAAAGUUUACAUAUUCUAGGAGUACUGUAAAUCUCAGCUACUGUUUUUCACUUUUUUAAACCACAAAACUCAUCAUGAUAAUUUACACUGUAACUUUAGAUCUGAAAAAAGCGCCCUCGGAGAAAACCAUCAAGUUCGCAUGUAAACAGAAACUUAUUUGUAAUUUAAUAAAGUGUUACAGGUCGA